UCUUUUUUUCCUUACAACUUCAAGCACCAACUGUCGUUUCUCGCACCCUUUAAAAAUUCUUUUUAAGUUUAUACGAGUUUUCAAAAUUUUCCAUAAUGCGGGAGGAGGAUCUUCUUGACGAGGAAUUCGAAAGCCUCCGUCGCAUUGCAUUGGCCAUUUGUCAGACCCUCGGAAGACCAAAGGAUCGGGAAUUAUGCAGGAGCACCCUCGAUACGGUGGCAAAUUUCAAUCGGGAUCCAUCCAUCAAGACCAAGGAGAACGUGCACAAGUUCAUGGUCUUCUAUCUGAAAGUGCUUAGGUGGACACAAAAGAAUCAACCCCUUGAAUUAUAUCGAAAAUGGUAUGGUCAAGACCUGGGUAAUUCGAUGUCCCCUAAAACUGGCGGCAAUUCUAAUGAGGAAUUGCGAGUUUGGUUGGAGGAGGGAAAGUCUUUUUAUGCUUUAAAAACCUUUGAGGACGGAUCCACAACCAUUUUCAGCGCAGUGGCAAAGGAUCCGAAAGCUGGUUGGUCAGAAAAUGGUCUGAAAACUUUGAUGGAAAUGCAAAGCGGUUGCGCUUUGGGCACAGAUAAUAAAUAAAUGGUUUUAUUUACUUUGUA